CUCGCGGGGGUUCAGAGGAAAGCCAAGGGAAAGGCACUGACUUACCAUUCAAGUCCUAAUAAUCAUGAACCACAGCCCAGGGUAUCUCUAGAGAAGUACAGAGCAGUGCAGUAUCUCCGAGGUUGCCCCCUCUUGAAUUCUCAUUGGAUCCUCCCCAGCUCCCUAAAUCAUCCCCGCUGCUAUAUCUAUCAGGAUGACUACAGCCACGCUCACCAGUAUCUCAUUGUCUCCACCACAUCCCUGUACUUCUCUGUGCAGAUUUCUCUGUGCUCCUUCCUCUCGAGCUGGGUUGGCAGAGCCACUCGCCUUUUUUAACCUCUAGGAAGUCUCACGGUUUAUUAUUAUUAUUUCUCUCUUUUGCCUGAGGAUCGUCACAGAGCCCACUCCCCUCCCCACACCUUGUCUUCACAUAUUUGUUUCUUUUUUCUGUUUGUUUCUUUGGGGGCUUGGGUGCUCUCUUUCAAUCACUUCUAUCCUUCCCCACCCCCCACCCCCUCACACCCACACACACACACACAAAGUGGGUUCUUUUCCUUGGUGCUGUGCCACCAGGAACUGCUGAUUAUUUCUAAAGGGCCACCACCAUGCAGCUCACUUUUUUAGCUUGAAACUGAAGAGCAUGGACUGUCUGCUUGGAUUCUGGCUACGUUUCGCCCACAAUCAUCUCGCUUCCUGAAAUUUCAUCUGGUGUUGAGGGAAAGCUAAGAGAAUGAAGACUCUAAGCCCACAGUGGAAGCAUGAUAUGGCGAUGCAGUGCUGGUGCUGAAUUGUUCUCUCUGAUGGCUCUAUGGGAGUGGAUAGCACUGAGUCUUCAUUGCUGGGUUUUAGCGGUUGCUGCUGUUUCGGAUCAGCAUGCCACAAGCUCCUUCGACUGGCUCCUCUCUGAUAAGGGACCCUUCCAUCGCUCACAGGAAUACACAGAUUUUGUGGACAGAAGUCGACAGGGAUUUAGCACAAGAUACAAGAUUUACAGAGAGUUUGGCCGCUGGAAAGUAAACAAUCUAGCAGUUGAAAGAAGAAAUUUCCUCGGCUCCCCACUGCCUCUCGCACCAGAAUUCUUUCGCAACAUAAGACUACUAGGACGUCGCCCAACCCUUCAGCAAAUCACAGAGAACCUUAUCAAGAAAUAUGGGACACAUUUCCUACUGUCAGCUACCUUGGGAGGAGAGGAGUCACUCACAAUUUUUGUCGACAAGCGGAAGCUGAGUAAGCGAUCAGAAGGAAGUGAUCCCAGCACCAACAGUUCUUCUGUGACUCUGGAGACUCUGCACCAACUGGCAGCCUCUUACUUCAUUGACAGGGACAGUACUCUCCGUAGACUUCACCAUAUUCAAAUUGCCUCCACUGCCAUCAAGGUAACAGAAACCCGGACUGGUCCUCUUGGCUGCAGUAACUAUGACAACCUAGAUUCUGUCAGUUCUGUUCUGGUUCAGAGUCCUGAAAAUAAGAUUCAGUUACAAGGUCUUCAGCUCAUCCUGCCUGAAUAUCUGCAGGAGCGUUUUGUGCAGGCAGCUUUGAGUUAUAUUGCCUGCAAUUCAGAGGGGGAGUUUAUCUGCAGAGAUAAUGAUUGCUGGUGUCAGUGUGGCCCCAAAUUCCCAGAGUGCAACUGUCCGUACAUGGACAUUCAAGCCAUGGAAGAAACCCUGCUUCGCAUAAGUGAAACCUGGAAUGCUUACAACAGCGAAUUUGAAGAGUCAGAUGAAUUCAAGUUCUUUAUGAAAAGGCUGCCCAUGAACUAUUUCCUCAACACGUCUACCAUAAUGCAUUUGUGGACAAUGGAUUCUAAUUUUCAGCGUCGCUAUGAGCAACUGGAAAACAGCAUGAAACAACUUUUCCUUAAGGCACAGAAAAUUGUACACAAGCUCUUUAGCCUAAGUAAGAGGUGCCAUAAACAGCCACUCAUCAGCUUGCCAAGACAGAGAUCGUCAAUCUAUUGGCUAAACCGCAUCCAGUCCUUUCUGUACUGCAAUGAAAAUGGUCUUCUGGGAAGCUUUUCUGAAGAGACUCAUUCGUGCACCUGCCCUAAUGAUCAGGUUGCCUGCAAUGGAUUCCUUCCCUGCAUUGUGGGAGAUGGCUCUGCAUGCUUGACCUGUGCACCUGACAACCGCACCCGCUGUGGGAACUGUAAUACCGGAUACAUGCUGAGCCAAGGGCUUUGCAAACCUGAAGUGGCAGACUCCACAGAGCACUACAUUGGGUUUGAGACAGAUCUUCAGGACCUGGAGAUGAAGUAUUUAUUGCAAAAAACAGACCGGAGGAUUGAAGUCCAUGCCAUUUUCAUCAGCAAUGACAUGCGCCUCAAUAGCUGGUUCGAUCCCUCCUGGCGCAAACGGAUGCUCCUUACCCUUAAGAGUAACAAGUACAAGUCUAGCUUGGUCCAUAUGAUACUGGGUAUCUCUCUUCAAAUUUGCCUAACAAAAAACAGCACCUUGGAACCUGUUCUAGCUGUUUAUGUCAACCCUUUUGGAGGCAGCCACUCUGAAAGCUGGUUCAUGCCUGUGAAUGAAAACAGUUUCCCAGACUGGGAGCGGACUAAGCUGGACUUACCUCUUCAGUGUUAUAACUGGACGCUGACUCUAGGCAACAAAUGGAAGACAUUUUUUGAAACAGUACAUAUCUACUUGAGGAGUCGAAUUAAGUCAAAUGGUCCCAAUGGCAAUGAAAGCAUCUACUAUGAACCCCUGGAAUUUAUCGAUCCUUCACGUAACCUAGGCUACAUGAAAAUCAACAACAUCCAAGUGUUUGGCUACAGCAUGCACUUUGACCCUGAAGCAAUUCGGGACUUAAUUUUGCAGCUGGACUACCCCUAUACUCAGGGAUCACAGGACUCAGCACUUUUGCAGCUAUUAGAGAUACGGGACCGUGUAAAUAAACUCUCCCCGCCUGGCCAGCGUCGUCUAGACCUGUUCUCUUGCUUGCUACGUCAUAGACUCAAACUAUCUACCAGUGAGGUGGUGAGGAUUCAAUCCGCUUUGCAGGCCUUUAAUGCCAAAUUACCAAACACAGUGGAUUAUGACACAACCAAAUUAUGUAGUUAACCAUCAAUGUGAAGCACAAUACAAAACCUUUAAGGAGUUUUUACAGUGCUUUUGUGGAACAGUUUAUGUUUGGAAGAGUAAAUUUAAAUUGUCUUUUCAAUAUCUGUCUUAUAUCAGUCAAUACCAUUGGAUGGCAAUUUACACACAUGAACUUGCUGACAAUGAAUAUAUUAUACCUGCAGUUUUGGUUUAUGAAUGAAAUAAAUACUGACACCAGUCUAGAAGACAUUCUACUUUUUACAAUAAAUUUCAUUUGUAAUUUUAUAUGUUCCGUGGCAAUGCUUUUGUGCAUUACAUCCUCUAGAGGGAACAUAAAACGAUACCAAUAAAAUUUUGUAGCUGAACAGUUAUUAAAAAGAAA